AGAGAGGGAGAGGGAGAGAGAGAGAUUCAGUCUGUGCCAAUUUUCUCUUCAGCUCCAGUGACAGAGAGGGAGAGCUAGGGAAGUGAUAUUUCAGGAAUCUUAAGAGAUCCAUAAAUGUGUGACUGAGAAAGAGUGAGAGCGAGAGAGACAGAGAGACACAGGGAGAGAGAGGAAGAAGAAGAAGAAACAUCCCAGCACAUGAAGCAUUUGCAAAGAAAGACUGAAAACAAAUGAAGACAGAAAGAAACGACAGAGAGAGAUGUAGUCACCCCUUCUGUUACGUGAGCCGCCAUGCUGCGAGCCAUGAGUCCUCCACCUGUGGCCAGGAUGUGAGAUCAAACAACAACAAAGGCCGUCAUCGAGCACUGUGCAAUCCCUGUACUACACCUGCAAUCAAAGUUAUACAAUAAAAAACUUGUUGACAUUAUAGAGCCAAGCUUGGCUACAAAAAGAACUUACACAUCUUUUUUUUUAUUUGUCGGAAGCCACCGUAGAACACUAUCAACAAUAUAAUCACUUUUUAUUUGGCUUCGAUUUUUUAAAUGAUGACACUAAACCAUCUGGCCUCCCUUUCACAGUUUGCACACACACCUUGAAACUGUUAAUAUCACACAUAUCCAAAUGAUUAAUCUCAAACUCUCAUAACAAACUCUUCAAGCCUUCCUCACCUUGUCUAAAUCAGCUCCUGUGCCCUGUGAGGAUUAUGAGGCCGACUUUAGUGCUUCUACAGUCACAGUGUCUCCUGUGUGUGUUUGUUGGUGUGUGUGUGCCCAGAGCUGUGGGCUCACUACCUCACGCGCUACCAUGGCACGUCUCCUGCCCUGUGCGGUGUGUGUGUCAGAUCAAGCCAUGGUUCUCACCUGAUUCUGUCUACCAUGAAGCUCCUACUGUGGACUGCAACAACCUGCUGCUGACCAAGCUCCCCUUACCCAUACCCUCAAACACACACACCUUGCGUCUGCAGAGCAACCUUAUAUCUGAACUGGACACUGCAGUGCUGCAUGGACUCCCCAACCUCACUGACCUCGACCUAUCACAGAAUCGCUUCAGCCGUGUCAGGACAAUAACACAGAGUUCGUCCCUGCCCUCUCUGCUGUCUCUACACCUGGAAGAAAACCAUCUCAGUCACCUCCCUGAGGCCUCCUUCUUCUCACUGCCAGCUUUGCAGGAACUCUUUCUCAGCCACAACAACUUACAUUCAGUAGCACCUGGAGCCUUCACGGGUCUGGACUCCCUUCUGCGUCUGCAUAUUAACAACAACAGACUCACCACCAUUGAUCCUCGGUGGUUCAGGGCUUUGCCUCGCUUGGAAGUUCUCAUGCUUGGGGGAAACCCUGUAGAGGCCCUGCCUGAGCGGGGAUUCUUGGCUCUAAAAUCCCUCCGGAGUCUUGUCCUCGGUGGUAUGGGUCUGAGGGGCUUAGCUGAAAAAGCACUGGAAGGGUUGGAGGGACUGGAGAGCCUCUCCUUUUAUGAUAACCUUCUGACAAAGGUCCCCACUCAGGCCCUGAGGAGAGUGCCAGGACUGAAGUUCCUCGACCUCAACAAGAACCGCAUCAAACUGAUCGAGACGGGAGACUUUCGAGACAUGGUCCACCUGAAGGAGCUCGGCCUGAACAACAUGGACGAGCUGGUGUCCAUUGAGAGAGCCGCCCUAGAGAACCUUCCAGAGCUCACCAAGCUGGAGAUCACCAACAACCCACGUCUGUCCUACAUUCAUCCACUGGCUUUUGUUCAGCUGAGAAGGUUGGAGAGUCUAAUGCUCAACUCCAAUUCCCUGAGUGCUCUGCACCAGCACAUCAUGCUCUCCCUGCCAAGUCUUCAGGAGGUCAGCUUACACUCCAACCCACUCCGUUGUGACUGCCUGUUCCACUGGGCCGCCCAGGAGGCCUCUCACCCUCACAUUGAUAGAGAAAUGCAAACCAACUUACAAACACCCCGGAUGGUGCGUUUCAUCCAACCCAAGGCCACCCUUUGCUCUGAACCCCCAGAACUGAGAGCUCGCAGGGUAAGAGAGGUGUCUACCAGGGAGAUGUCAGCCUCCUGCCUCCCCAUGAUCCCCUCCAGCUCCCUCCCCUCCUACGUGGGUGUAAGAGAAGGAGGAGAACUGGUUUUGCACUGCCGAGCUCUUGCAGAUCCACAGCCUGAACUAUACUGGGUGACUCCCUCUGGGCUGAGACUCGGUCCUGCUCCGAGCUAUGCAUCUAAAGGUUUACUAGCUCCUUCUCCCUGCCACAGCCUGACAGCCUCUGAGAGAUUCAAUCACACAUCCGCCUCCAGCACCUCUCUCGCUCAAGAUGUUACUUCCUGUAACCCCUCCAAACACUACCGACUACUGCCUGAGGGAAGUCUGGAGAUCAACAAGGUCACCUCAAGUGAGGCAGGAUUGUAUACAUGUAUAGCUGAGAAUGCUCUGGGAGCAGAUACACGCAGUGUUACUGUGGGUGUGCAUGGCAGGGAAAAGAAAAGAAAGAGGGGAAUGGCUGCUAAUCUGAAGGGAUAUCCAUUACUCCAAGCGGAUGCAAGGUUAGAGGUGAGAGAAGUCGGAGAACACUUUGCUAUCCUGUCCUGGCACAGCGGGCGCAACCUCCCCUCAACUCGCUUAUCCUGGCAAGCCAUAUACUCGAACACACACACACCUACAUACACCACACGUAUCCUGGCUGGCACGCAGAGCUUCAACCUGACCCACCUGCAGGCAGAGACAUUUUACCAAGUGUGUCUACAUUUAGGGAUGAGUGAGGGCACCAAGCAUGCCAGCAGGAAAUCAAAAGAGAGCAGAAAGCCUCAGUGUGUUUCAUUCAGGACAAAGGAUGCACCAGAGCCACAGCCCAGCCUGCAGCUUAGCCCAGAGCUGACCUCCACAGCAGUCACACUACUGCUCCUCGCACUCAUACUGCUGCUGCUAGCAGGCCAGGGCUGGGAUACUGAGCCAGGCGAAGAGGAAGGAAAGCACAGCAGUACCUUCCUACAGGAAAUCAAAAGUCAAAAGGCUCCGAUCAUCAGCCAAAAGACAGAGGAGGGCAACAAACAUCAGCCAAAGCAGAUGAGAAACUGCUAUUAGAUCAGGACUGCUGAGAUCAUUUGUGCACAUUUAAAUGCAGACAAGAAACACCAACACACACACACAUACAAAAUGUCAAAUAUACACUUUGUGAAUCACAACUAGAAGAAUCGUAGAUCAGAGCAGUGGUGUAGAAAGAGAUUUGUAUUUAUUUUAUAUACCAUAUAAAGUAUAUAUUGCAAUUGUUUCUGUGUUAAGAUGUAUUGUAAAGAAUGCCUAAACCCUUGCCAGGGAAUUUAAACCGGACAAUCAUACUCCUGCUGCACAGCGAGUGAACAAAGGAGAAAUAAUUGAGUCUGAGCUGCUGAUGACCGCUGGACUGAAACUAAAGAAAACCUGAUUCAAUCCAGGGACAGAUAUUUACAGAGGAGAGCGGCUCAGACCUCCAGGGUAUUUGUCACGUUUCCCAUCUAGAUGUUCCGCAGACUGAACCGUACUUUAUCCAAGCAGAUUAAACUCUGUCUUGAGGCUGAUACUGAAUGGAAUUCCUGCUUGUUUUGGCUCUGUAAGUCAAAGUGAUUGAUGUAAACAGCCCUUUUGCUUAGCUUUCAGUACCUUGGACUGGGUUGUCCAUCUUGCACUUGCAGUACAUAUACAGUAUACUCAUCCAGAUUCCCCGCCUAACGUCCCACAUCCUCUUUGAGCAUAAAAGUAAUUAAAAGUGAUUGUGUUAAAUUCUAUUUUGAGCUAUUAUACAAUAAAAUCUUUUUAAUUUA